AUGCGUUCCUUUCACGCAAUCUUCGUCGUUGCAUUUGCUCUCACGGCAACUUGCAUGACAAUCCAACUUCAAGAUGAAGCGACCAAUAUCGAGAAGAGAGCGAGCUGGACAUCCCUUGGCUGCUAUGCCGACAAUGUUUCCGGUCGUGCUCUAACUACCGGCGGAACAAUAUCUGGAGGAUCCAACGCCAUGACAAAUGAAGCUUGUCAAAGCGCAUGCUCGGCAGCUGGUUUCUCGUACGCUGGUACCGAGUACGCAGGAGAAUGCUGGUGUGGCAACUCAAUCAUCAACGGAAAUGGUCCAGCCGCGGAUGGAAACGCUGGUUGUAAUAUGGCUUGUAAGGGCAACAGCGCAGAAACAUGCGGUGGCCCAAAUCGUCUCACUGUUUUUCAAAAUGGUGGAAGUGGAUCCGGCACGACUCCCUCGAGCCCUACGAACCCUACCUACCCCAGCAAAUCCGGAAAACGUGGUUUAGCAUACAAUAAGAAUAACCCGUUUGGAGAUGCGUCGCUUGGAAAUUUACUCAAAGGAUAUAGUAAGAUUACUUGGGGUUACGAUUGGGGUUUCCCGAGUUAUAGUUUGGAUUCAAGUAUUGAAUUCGUCCCAAUGCUUUGGGGUCUCCCCAGUAUACUUGAUCAGAGCUGGGUCACAGCCGUCGCAGCCGCGAAAAAUAUACUCGGCUUCAAUGAACCAGAUCUCACUUAUUCCGAAUCUUCCAACAUGCUACCUGCCGCAGCAGCCGCCGGAUACAAAUCAUACGUUGAAACAUAUGCCGGUCAGGCUCGCAUUGGUACUCCUGGUGUUCUGUGGAAUAACUGGAAUAGUGUAAGUAAACCUCAUUUCUUUUCCCAGGAUUCCAUUCAAGUUCUCCUCGAUAUGCUAUCGCCGUCUUCAUUGUCAACUUUCCAAACCUACGUACUAACUCGCCCCAAGUAUUCCUCGGGCGGCUCCUACAGCUCCCGCGUCUGGAUGGAUUAUUUUGUAGGAAAUUGCACCGGUUGCCGCCUCGAUUUCGCCGCCAUUCAUUAUUACCAAGACUGUUUCCCCGCCUCCGGUCAAUCGGGUUCAGAUUGGUUUAUCGCCAAUGUAACCAAUGCCCACGACACCCUCAAACUUCCCAUUUGGAUCACGGAAUUCCAAUGUUAUGGCUCCGACGCGCAACAAGCACAGUUUUUGCAAACGGUGUUGCCCUGGUUGGAUAGUCAGAGUUGGGUCGAGAGAUAUGCGUAUUUUGGGGUUUUCCCCAAGUUUUUGCUCAAUGAGGCGGGUACGGGAUUGAGUCUUGCGGGUCAGGCGUAUGUUAGUUGA